AUGGCGGAAACAGCGUCAGACUGGCAACAAUUCACCGGAAAUCUCGGGCCAUCCCAUACCGUUCAGAAUACUGUUGUUCCUUCCUUCCCGGAUGGAAUUAAAGUUCUGCACGACUGCCGCGAAGCCACGAUCGACGUCUGUUUUGUUCACGGUCUGACUGGCAAUCGGGACAGCACCUGGACCGCCGACGGGCAGUCCAACCCUUGGCCCGAGACGCUACUGCCACCCAACCUCAGCAGGGCUCGCAUUCUCACGUACGGCUACGAUGCCUACAUCGUGCGGAAAUCGGUCGCAUCGACAAAUGGCCUGAUCGAUCAUGCCACGAACCUCUUGCACGACCUGUCGACCGAGAGAGCCCGUUCCAAUGCGUCCUCUCGGCCGAUCGUCUUUGUCGCUCACAGCCUGGGCGGCCUCGUCUGCAAGGAAGCUGUUCUUCUCUCCCGAAACAACGCUGAACCGCACCUCCGUAGCAUAUUUGACUGUACCAAGGGCAUCAUGUUCCUGGGCACGCCUCACAGGGGAUCGUGGAUGGCCCACUGGGCUACAAUACCAGCUUCGGCCUUUGGGAUCAUCAAGUCCACCAACAAGUCACUGUUGAAGGUCUUAAAGACAGAUAACGACUACCUCCGGUCUAUCCAAAACCGGUUCUGGUCCAUGGUACGGGAACAGCAGAAGGCCGGCCGCGAUCUCGAGGUUACGUGCUUCUUUGAGGAGCUGCCCAUGUCCAUGGUUGGAACAGUCGUCUUCAAGGACUCGGCUACCCUUGAAAGUUACAACGCAAUCAGCGUCCACGCCAAUCAUAGCAACAUGGUCAAGUUCAGUUCCGUAGAGGACAAUGGCUUUAAAAGGCUACUUGGCGAGCUGAUCAGAUGGGAAUCACAAAUUAGAAACUCAGCUGCCAGUCAACCAAGAGCUUCUGAAGGAGAAGCACAGAAAAAAGAGCCACCCAACUCAUGCUUCAACAACUAUAAGCACGGCGACCAAUUCAACACUCCUGGCGGAACUCAGAACAUCAGUAAAGGCUAUGGCAAUCAAUUCCCUGGGGCUAAUUUCAAUAGCUCGGUGACUUUUGGAUCAGCGUCCCCUUUGUGA